GGCGGCUGCCAUUACAGUUGUUUAACAGUUGUUAGUGCAAACAGAACUUUCGCAGUGCGAAAAGCAAAGUUGAAAUUUAAAAAGAAGUGAAAACUGUAAAUCAGAAAAGAUGUCGAUGUCUCAUAUGCUCUCACUGAUGGACGCCCUCCAGGGCACACGUCAACCCGUCUACGACUUUGGCAUGGGCAUGCAUCCCCGCCAGCUGCAAUCGUGGUCCACAACACCAUCCUUGCUGAUGAAUCCCUGGCAGUGCGCACAUCCUGCCUGCCCCACAUCGCCCGCCAACAACAAGCUGUUGAUGGGCAAUCGUCAAAAGCGCGACAUGCUCAAGCAAUCCAACGGAGCUGGAGAUGCCUGGAAUAUGCCCAUGUCGCAGGUGGGCAAAGAUGGCUUCCAGGUGUGCAUGGAUGUCACACAGUUCAGUCCUAACGAACUCACUGUCAAGGUGGUCAACAACUCCAUCAUGGUCGAGGGCAAGCACGAGGAGCGCGAAGAUGAUCAUGGCUACAUCUCACGGCACUUUGUACGUCGCUAUGCCUUGCCAGAAGGCUACGAGGCUGACAAGGUGAUGUCCUCGUUGUCCUCGGAUGGCGUGCUCACUGUCAAUGUGCCAAAGCCACAGGCCAUUCAGGACAAAUCGAAGGCGCGCCACAUUCAAAUCCAGCAGGUGGGACCAGCUCACCUCAAUGUGAAGUCGAAUACCGCGGAGACGAAGCCUGAGGAGAAGCUCACCAAUGGCACCAAGUAGGCUGCACAGCUUUUCCUCCACAUUCCCUGUGAUUUUAUACCCAUUGUAUUUAUUGAGCAAAAGACUUAAAAUAAACGAUUAAAAACGAA